AUGUCCGAGGUAAAAAAUGUUGAAGUAGAUCCACAGGUAGAUGUAAUUGAUAAAGAAUUUUUGAUUAAAUUGAUGCUGUCCAAAAGCAAAAAUGUUUUUGUAAAAGCGCAAGAAAAUUCUAAAAGUGAAAUUUGGAAAAAUUUUAGCAGAAUUUAUUUUAAAAACGUGGCUACAUCAUUUAUCUGUUGUAACAAAUGUGAAGCCAAAUGUGUGUUAAAACAAGAUCGGAACACGGAAAUAAAUGAACUGGAUAGCUACAUUGCAGAAGAGACUCCUCACGUGGAUGCUGUUUAUUAUUGGUCCAGUCAUAUUAAAUAUUUCAAACUAAGAGAAGUUUCCUUUUUUCUGUUCAGCAUCCCAGUUUCGAGUGUUUCGUCAGAAAGGGGCUCUACUGGCCACUGCAUCAACAAUUCCAGACACCGUAAUCUUUAUCAUUACGGCGAUGCGCCAUCCAUGUUUUUAUUGCUUAAUGAUAAAUCCGUUAAUAUAGACUCAAUUAUUUCCAAUUUGAUGAAAAAAGAAAUUUACGCUCUGUUCAAAUUAAAUUUUCGAAAAAGUUUAAUAACAAUAUGGAAAUUGCAAGUGGAAAUGAUGUAA